CAUACAUAUGUAUACCGUAGAAAUUAAUUCGUUUUUAAUUAAAUUACUACGUCGCGGUUUGUAAGUCUGUCGAACAGAACCUUUAAUUGAGAGUAUAUAUAAAUGUCUUUAGGAAAACAAAAUCGUUAACGCUGUAGUGGAGAUUGCUAAUGAAACUAUCAGUGGUAGCAAGCAACAGUGUAAAUUAUUUUCAUUAAUGUCGUCCACGUUUGUCAAAGAUGAAUCUCCACCUGAAUUGCUUUUUCAAAGUGUGAAUGGGUGUACCCUGAAACUUGUUGAUAAAAGCGCAAAGUCUAAAAAUGUUAUGAAAUUUGUUCUGUAUAAAAACACACGUUUAAACAUCAAUGUGACUCUCCUCUUAUUAUUCACAACAUUGUGCUUGUGGAAACUAUUUGAUACAUUAGUACCACUUAUAGUAUCCUUAUUAGUUUUGGUAUUGCAGUUAAUUCAUUUAAUUACUUCUGUGAAUAAAGAUACGCUACUAGUGGUAGAAUUUAUUGGUAUAUAUACAGAAGGAAAGAAAUUAUUGUCUGGGUCAAGUUCUUGUGAAUUUGUACCUUGGGACACAGUUGUUGAUGUAUUUAUUAAUGAAGUUAUAACAGGGCAAAAGGUUCUGUAUUAUCUUACAAUUAUAGUGAAGGAAUCGUUUGGUGGAAAGGAUACCAUAAAAUUGAUUCCUUUGUUCAGAGAAUUAAUACCCGAACGAAAAUGCCUGGAAUAUAUGUACGAGAGACUAGCUGGAUUGAUUGGAUCCAACAAAGGGAAAAUCCAGUUUUAACAGUUCCAAGUUCAUACUGGUUAUGCUAUAAAAAGAACAUAUAUAAAUUUAUUCUUAGAUAUCAUCGCACUGCUCUAAAUUUAACACAGUUUCCCUAUGGAAAGGAACUGAUGAAAAUAAUUAGAAGGAUUAUAAAAAAUCAACCGCGUCAAGGGCAACAAUUUAGCACGAGUAAUCUUUUAGUUACUUACAAUCAUACAUCGUGGACACGGCAGGAUAAAAUGUUCGCACUAAUGAAAUUUAAAGAACGAUCUGUUUCAGCAUUUUCUCAUGCCUUUGUUCUUACUAUUAAAAUAAUGUUGCCUUUGGAAAGUAUAGAACAGACUUCAAAAAAUAAUCGAUUAAAUACUAGUUCUAAAAUUGACAAUUUUACAAAAACAUCCUCCAACAAACAAACAAGCUGUGUACAAUCAAAUAAGUUAAUAAAUAGUCCUAAAGCAUCACUUGAACCAUCUGUACCACACAAUGAUUUAUCUGAAACUAAAACAAAAGCAAAUAAAUGUUUAAAAAACUCAAUUGUAAUAUUACAAAACAUAAAUAAGAAUCAAAGUAGAAGUGGUACAAGUUCAAAAUUGCCAAAUAGUACUGCAAACAAAGUUGAUGAAAAUAAAAUAGCUGCUGAUCGAUUGGAAGAAUCCAAUUGUUCAGUAGAUGAAAAUAUGCAAGAUAAAACUGUUGGUAACAACAAUAUUACUGCUUCGAAUAUUAACAAAAUAUCGGAAGAUAGUAAUACUGUUGAUGCUACUAAUAUCGAUUCUAUCAAUUUACCAUAUCAAUACCUGAUAGAAAGAGAGAUAGAAGAUGCAAAACGUAAGAUGUUAGACGACGAAGUUUCUUCGAACGAAACGAAGAAACGUAAGAUAAAAGAAAUAGAUGAACAUUCCACAAAUUCUGUAAAAUCACUUACAGAUAUUGCACAAUCCGAAGAAAUACAUUGUCAGAAAAAAAGGAAACAUUUAAUAGAGAAUAUCCAAUCACGAUCUUCUGAUAUUACAGAUUUAGUAAUGGAAGGAUUAAUGUUCACAAUUCGGCAAGAGCAAGAUGCUGUAGCAGUUAUAGAACAAAAAACCAAAUUAGAGAUAGAUGAGGUACUGGAAAAUUCGGAGAAAAUUGAAACGAAAGAGGGAGAAAAAUGUUUACGAAAUUCUAGUUUGCUUGGAUUAGAAAACUUAAUAACAAUGAUCGAAUUACCCAAAAAAAUGGAAAAUAAAUAUAAAAGUCCGAAUAUAAUUACACCUGAAUCGAAAAACAUGCAAAUGCAAACUUCUUCAAGUGUUAUCAAUGACGAUAAGAAGGACAAUGUUGCAAAUAAUAGUUCAUAUCUUGAAAUGUAUGAAUAUAAAUGCAAUGAGAACAUGAAUAUUACUGAGAAUGAUGAUGCAGAGUACGAAGAGGAAGAGGAUAUUAUCCCCGAAGCAUUACAAGAUGAUAUCUUUCGACCUUCGUUACUCGAUUACGAAGAAAUAGAUCGAACUAAAGAUAAAUUAGAGGUUAUGAUUGAUAAAGAUUUAUUAAUGGAUGAUAUAGAUACUGAUGAAUUAAUCAAAUCUGAAAUAACAACUGAACAUAAUUCCCCUUGUAGGAAAGACUUAGUAUCAAAGAUCAAUGUAAAAACUAGUUGCUCGAAUAAUAGUUUGGAUGUCAAUCAUACAUCGACGUUUAAUAAUGCUAAAAGAUUGAAUGUUCCAGUAGUGAUUUCGAACGAAAUUAUCACGGUAGAUCAAAUACCAAGAUCGUUACAAAAAAUACUUAAAAAACAGUCACCAAUAAAGAAUAAUGAAAAGGAAAUGGAUGAAGACUGUACGAACGUUCAUAAAAUGCAAUCAUAUGAGGAAAAAGAUUCUGCUUCUAAGAUUGAGUCAAGUGGACACAGUUCGAAUCAGAUGUUUCAAAAUACACUAAAUUUAAACAAUUCUGAGACUCUUGUUCAUACUGAUGAAACUCAUGAAAAUAAAUUAAAAUUAAAAAAGGAAAAAUCACCUGAACAAAUUACAAACACUAGCAAAGCGGAACAAUUAUCAUCGAAUGAAAUAGAAGACAUUACAGACGAAUUUUAUCAAGAACUUUUACUUGUUCAAAAGAAGAAGAAUUUGCCUAAUCAAAGAUAUCUAAGACCAAGAAGAAAAUCCCUAAAUAUGCUAUCGAAUACAAAUCUCGGUGACACACAUAUAGAAAUAAUGAAAUUUUUUCAUGAUAUUACAAGAGGUGCCAAGGUUGUCGUAAAACGUAUGAGUACAAAAAGUAUACACAGUAUAAUAGAAAAAAGUUCCUCUUUAGCAACAUGUAUGCAAUAAGAAUAAGUUUUUAAAUAAGAAUUCGAAAAUGUCAUGCAUGAAAUUGUAUUAUUUAUCUUUAAUUCAAUUUGUAUAUUAAUAUUAAGCAAUUAAUGGUGUACUAAAAUAUGAAAUAUUAAUGAGAAAUACAUGUAUAACGUUAUA